AUGAUCACAGCAGGAAGCCCCUGGAGCUGGGUCCUGGGGUACCUCAUCCUCCGUGUCACAGGAGCCCAGGCCUCAGGCGGCGGCAGCCACAUCAUAAACGGCGAGGACUGCAUCCCUCACUCGCAGCCCUGGCAGGCGGCACUGUUCACCGAAGACCAGUUCUUCUGCGGGGGCGUCCUGGUGCAUCCGCAGUGGGUGCUGUCAGCCGCACACUGCUUCCAGAAGUCCUACACCAUCGGGCUGGGGCUGCACAGCCUCGAGGCCAGCCAAGAACCAGGAAGCCUGAUGAUGGAGGCCAGCUUCUCCAUACAGCAUCCAGAAUACAACAAACCUUUCAUUGCCAAUGACCUCAUGCUCAUCAAGCUGAAAGCGUCGGUGGCCGGGUCGGACGCCAUCCAGAACAUCAGCAUCGCCUCCCAGUGCCCGACCGCUGGGGAUUCUUGCCUCGUUUCUGGCUGGGGUCAGCUGAUGAAUGGGAGGCUGCCCCAAGUGCUCCAGUGCGUGAAUAUCUCGGUGGUGCCCGAGGACGUCUGCAGUGAGUUCUACGCCCCCGUGUUCCACCACAGCAUGUUCUGUGCGGGCGGAGGACCGGACCGGAAAGACUCCUGCCACGGUGACUCUGGGGGGCCCCUGGUCUGCAACGGGGCCCUUCAGGGCCUCGUGUCUUUUGGACAAGUCCAGUGUGGCCAACCCCAUGUGCCAGGCGUCUACACCAACCUCUGCAAGUUCACUGACUGGAUACAGAAAACCAUUCGGGACAGUUAACUUCUGGGACUUGGACCCAAGAAACUCAACCCCCAAUUAUAUGCUGCAGAAGAAUUCAAGAAUCUGGGGUCCCAGUGCCUUCCUCCCUCAGACCCCAGGAGUCUAGAUUCCCAGCCCCCUCCUCCCUUAGCCCCAGGAAUCCUUUUCCUGUACCCAGUGCCCCCUAGUGGCACAGUGUUGACCCAGCCUUACCAGCAGCAGAGAAAGUUGGUUUUUCACUUUUGUCCCUUUCUCUUAAGCCCAAAAAUAAAGUCUAAUAGAAACACAGGC